AAUGGAGUGGUCGGAAUCAGAAGGGAGCAGGCACAACUGCCGGUGAGGAGGUGGAGCAAAUAAACAGCUACCUCUCCCGUUGUGCCCUGACAACAAAGUACAUGUCAAAAGCAGCACGUGUGGACAUGCUCACUGUGCAUGCAAUGGGUUGGAACCAUCACAAAGCAGAGACGCUACACAAGGCCCUCUCCACAAGAUAUGUGAAGACAUCUAAAAGGGCAGAAGAAGAGGCAGAGAGGCUGUCACAACUGCAGAAGGACCUGCAGUGCUCAAAUGCAAUGGCUGUACAGUGGAUUGCUGAAGUCAAGGAAUGGGCAGAGAGCGAGACCCCAGUAACGGGUCUGCACGUUCUCCAGCAGUCCAUUGAGGGUCUCCAUCUGGGUCUAAAGCAACAGAAACAAACCCUCUACCGUCAGAAUGACAGCAACAAGCUUCGCCAUCGUCUCCGAAGAAAGUUGACGGAAGACAAAAAGCGCCUUCUCCAGGAGAUUGAUAAAUACAACAGUCUUGUUGCAGACCUCUCCAAAAGGAUUGAUGUGGCCUUGGUUGACCACUCUUUGGCUGGACAGAGCACUGGCGCAAUAUGGCCAUGGGAGGACUAUGGCAGUGUAACAAUCGGGGUCAAGAAACGACUGCACGACCAGGAAAAGCUGAAAACACGGCUGGAAGAGGAGUUCCCUAUCCUGGUGUUGGAGAUGGCCCAGCACUGUACGUGGUUGCAGAACCUGGGAGUGGCCCUCAAGACGGAGCUUGCAAGAUACGAAGAUGAAAAUGGACUUCACUGUCUCUUGGCAAGAAGACUUGCGGAAGUGGAAGAACGACAUCAAAUGGUCCUGCAGCGGUAUAAGACUGCUCUAGGUCCAUUGGCCUCUGUCCUCCUUGAUGUUUGUGAGGAAGAGGAAUGUGAUCCGAUGGGCCUGGUCAGUCCAGACACCAGCGAGGAUGAGGAAGAUGCAAGAGAACAAGCAACUUAGUUGAUGGUGUGGUUUCGUGCCUCGCUUGAUGUACACAAAUGAUCAUUGUUAUUGCUAUGUUUAAAAUAAAAAAAUAAAAA